CUUGAAGCUCGUCAUUCCCCGAGGUCGAUCGGACAUUUUGUUCCUGCAUUGCAAGUCAUAUACAGCAUGUUUCGUCAAAGCGUUCGGCGCUUCGCCACUACUGCAGCUCGUGCUGCUACCGAAGGGUCCACUGCCUACUGUACCCGGGUAUCGACUGCCCAAGGCGUCGUCAAUGGAUUGACCGAGGCUAUUGGAAACACCCCGCUUAUCCGGUUGAAGAAGCUGUCAGAGCAGACCGGAUGCAAUGUUCUUGGCAAGGCUGAAUUCCAAAACCCCGGAGGUAGCGUGAAAGACCGCGCGGCGCUGUUUGUCGUCAAGGAUGCGGAAGAGAAGGGUCUCCUUAAGCCCGGUGGCACCGUGGUAGAGGGAACUGCCGGCAACACCGGUAUUGGCUUGGCGCAUGUGUGCCGGUCAAAGGGCUACAAGCUGGUCAUCUACAUGCCCAACACCCAGUCGCAGGGCAAGAUCGACUUGCUCCGUCUGCUUGGUGCGGAGGUAUACCCGGUCCCCGCAGUCGCCUUCGACAACCCCCAGAACUAUAACCACCAGGCGCGCCGGCACGCCGAGUCAUUGGAAAACGCAGUUUGGACCAAUCAAUUCGAUAACAUUGCCAACCGUCAAGCACACAUUGACACCACCGGUCCGGAAAUCUGGGCGCAAACCGAGGGCAAGAUCGACGCCUUCACCUGCGCUACCGGAACUGGAGGUACCCUGGCUGGCACCACCCGCUAUCUGAAGACUAUCAGUGACGGUCGUGUCAAGAGUUUCCUCGCCGAUCCUCCUGGCAGUGUCCUCCACAGCUACAUUCAGAGUGGUGGCACCCUGAUCGAUCGCUCUGGUAGCAGUAUCACCGAGGGUAUUGGCCAGGGUCGAGUGACUGAUAACCUCCAGCCCGAUAUUGACUUGCUGGAUGGAUCGGUCAGCAUUAGCGACGAGAAGACCAUUGAGAUGAUCUAUCGCUGCCUCGAUGAGGAGGGCCUGUACCUGGGUGCCAGUUCCGCGAUGAACGUGGUGGCUGCCAAGGAGGUCGCCGAGAAGCUGGGCAAGGGCAACACUGUUGUCACCAUUCUCUGCGAUGGUGCUUAUCGCUAUGCUGAUCGUCUCUUCUCAAACACCUGGCUGGAGAGCAAGAACCUGCGUGCUUCCAUCCCCAAACACCUGGAGAAGUACAUUGUGUUGCCUUAG